CAGCAACAUGCUGAGUCUCGACCUAGUAUUCUCUUUCCCAGCAUGGGCGCUCCUCCUAGUCCUAACCCUCUUGUAUACACUAUACCUAGCCACAACGCGCCUCCUCCUGAGCCCCAUUCGCCAUAUUCCCGGCCCAACUCUAGCCGCACUGUCGUUUUGGCCUGAAUUCUACUACGACGUCGUCCAGCGGGGACAGUAUUUUCGACAAAUUGACAAGAUGCAUCAGACAUACGGCCCGCUAGUCCGCAUUAACCCAUUCGAAAUCCACAUCCAAGACCCCUCCUUCUAUCCCGUGCUGUACACAGGCCCAACUCGUCGACGACAUAAAUGGCUCUGGGCUGCACGAAUGUUCGGGAACAACACCUCUGCCUUUGCAACCGUCCGGCACGAACACCACAGACUAAGAAGGAGUGCAUUGAACCCUCUCUUCUCAAAGAGCGCUAUCCAGCGGCUAACACCGCACCUGCAACAUACCCUAGCGCGGCUAUGUAGUCGGCUCGAUGGGUUCGCUUUUACAAGACAGGAUGUGGACUUGGGGAUCGGACUUACAGCGUUCGCGGCCGACGUCAUCACAGAGUACUGUUUCGGACAGUCACUGGAGUUGAUUGGGAAAGAUAACUUUGGAAAGGAGUGGAUUGAUAUGGUAAGCGCUCCGUCAGAGCUCGGCCAUCUGGUAAAGCAGUGUCCGUGGAUCUUGGUGGUUUGUAAAUGGGCGCCGAAAGCUCUUGUUAGGGCUUUGCUGCCGGGGGUUGCGUUGUUGUUUCAAAUACAAGAGAGAAUGAGCGCCCAGAUUCAACCGCUUGUUGAUCGAGCCGCCGCCGUUGACAAGCCAGCUGACCCUUUGACCGUCUUCGACUUCCUCCUCUCGAGUACCCUCCCACAGCACGAAAAGACAGUGGACCGACUCAAGGGCGAAGGGCAGACGCUCAUCGGCGCGGGGACAUUAACGACCGGGAAUGCAUUGAAGACGAUAAUCUUCCACGUCCUCAAUGAUCCCGACAUCUUUCGGAAACUUCGAGCAGAGGUCGACGGUGCUCUAGAAAAUAUGGAUAUUCUGUCCAUGUCUGAUACGGCCUACCUCGAACGCCUCCCGUACCUGUCAGCGUGCAUAAAGGAAGGUCUACGGAUUUCCUACGGCGUCACGCAUAGACUCCAACUGAUCGCCGAAGAGCCCCUAAUAUACUCAGGAGUGACCAUCCCAGCAGGAACACCAGUUGGAAUGACAUCGAUCUUCAUGCACGACAAUCCAGUAGUAUUCCCUCAGCCGCGGGAAUUCCGUCCAGAGCGCUGGUUCGAGGCAGAUUUUGAGACUGUGCAGGCAAUGAAUCGCCACUUCGUCCCCUUCAGCAAGGGCAGCCGCAUGUGUCUGGGAAUGAACCUGGCGUAUGCGGAGAUUUACUUGGUGCUGGCAGUACUUUUUCGACGGUAUGAGAUUUCUCUGAGCGGGGUGACGAGGGAGGAUAUUGAGAUGGCACAUGAUUUUUUCGAUCCUGCGCCAAAGGAGGGGGCAAGAGGAUUGAUCGUUCAACUGCAGAAGAGGGGGUGAGAUCAGAGUAA